CAGCCAUAUCCGAAGAUGCUCUUUGUCUUUGCUGUGACAAAGAGUUUUAACUCUGCACGUGCUGUCACGUGAAUAGAUUAAUUUUCCUAUGUACCCAAACCGAUACCAACGAUAAGAAAAGUUGAAAACUAACAAAUAUCUAGCACUAAUUGUUAUUGCUUUUAAGUGAGUAAGUCGCUUUUCGCGAUAAAAUUUUGUUACUGAAGUGAACUUCAGCAACUGGGCUUCUGUGUCAUUUAUGCUAUUAUUGAUGCAAAGCAUAAGAUUACAUUAAAGAAGUUUGAUCCACUACUUCUUCCUUCAUAAAUUUUUCUUUUUUGUUUUCCGUUGAUUUACGUCUUUAUUACUUCCUACACACUAUAUCCUUGCUAAAUUUUUUAUUUCGACAAAAUGGUAAAGGCGGCGGAUGAAGUUUUAGACUCAAAUAAACUAAGUCAGGAGCUUACAAACUGCCUCAGCCAAGUUAAGAGUUUCAAUAGCUCACAGAAGAAACGACGGCUUUGGGAUCCAAACCAUAUCGCUCACACAACCGUAUAUGACAGUCCCGAAAGACCCGUUAAAAACGGAGCAAGACGGCAUUCAAGUGGUUACAAGGCUGCCGCAAAAGCAGACAGCGAGUUACUUCAGCGUCCUCGUACUCUAUCAGAUGAAGGAUUGAGUACUCCAGGUGCUGGAAAUGAGAGUAACGGGAUGUUCUCUAAUUCUCAAUUCUCAAAGUAUCCGGGCCAAACACGAGAUAUAUACGAUUUCACAGACGACGAACGCGAUCUAGAAGAAGAAGAGGUCGAUUGGGUUAAUGAUGCUGAAAUUGACCUGAGCCUACCGGUCCCGAAAAUUACAUUAAAGCGUUCUCGUUCAAACUCACGGUCGGGCAAGUCGUCUUCACCAAAUGUUAAACGUACUCAUGAAAAGAAUCGUCGUAAUUCUCAAUCGGCGUAUACAGAUGAUUCUGAACAGAACUCGACUGCUUUUACCGAUUCUACGAUGACGGUACCCGUUAAGCGGCGUGUAUGGACACACGAGCAGGAAAGUCAGCUGCAGUCUAUUACCGAAACAUUUUGCCGGAAACGGGGAAUCAAUACUGAUAAACUAAAUCAGGUUCUAGCCCACUCUAAUCCCUUUCAACAGCUACCGGGCCUACUGUUGCGGUUAACGAAAGUAUUGCCCUACACAUCGCGCUCUAUUUUACGGCACCUUCGUGGCAUUUAUGGUUUGAAAGGUUAUGAACAGUACUCUGUCCAGCACCGGCGCAGCGAUGGAUCAAGCCUAUUUGCUCUUAAUGACGCAUCACGCAGGCACGUUCACGAAUGUAUAUUACAGUUUUGUCGAAAGCAAGAAAUCUCGUUGGAUGAAUUUAAACGACAAGUUUGGUCACCAAAUAAAACGUGUCCGCGAGAAAUUCGCAUGCUUUACAAGGAGAUACGUGCUGGCCUCUCACAGAAGGUUCAUUCUCGAGCUGUGUAUCGGUAUGUCCGGCAAACAUACUUUCCGUACGAAAACAGCACUACAGAGUGUAGCCGCAAAUGGAGCACAGAAGAGGAAGAAGCGUUAGCAUCUCUGGUCAAGCUCUAUGGAAAUGAGUGGACCCGCAUUAGCAAGGAAAUUAACCGAUCGAGUCAGGAGUGCCGAGACCAUUGGCGCGACAUCGUUCAAUUUGAGGAUGCCGGCCCUGUCUCCGGAACCGCCGGUCAUCGGAUUCCAUGGACUAAAGAUGAAGACGAUCAGCUGAUAAAGCUUGUCCAACAGACCUUGACACGUCAUGCAGAACCAGCUGCUGAAUUGGGGUCUGCUACAAUAGCAAAAACCUCGACCGACGAGUCUCAUGAGUCGGACGGUAAACAGGAUACAGAACCGUUUAGCAGCACCGAUCUUGUUGCGCCUGCCUUCCUUAGUUGGACAGUCAUCUCUAAUGCACUACGGACCCGUUCGCGGCUUCGUUGUCAACGGCGCUAUGAACAUCUCGUCGCCAUGGGUCAGGCCCCACCGUUGCCAGCAGAGAAUACAACAGCUCCCAGUACCCCACGUCCCAAAAAACCAAAACAAGAGAAGACAUUCCUUGUGGGUGAUUCCAUUUGUCUGCUAGAGUGCAUUGUGCAGUGUAUGAAUGAUGAUGAAGUCAUAGACUGGGAUUCUGUUGCACAAAAAAUGCCUCAAUGGCAACCAAAACUUUUGAGUCGGCAAGCAGAAAAGCUUCUCGGAACGGUUCCGUCCAAAAAGCAGCAAUUACUCGAUGCUCUAGAAGAGCUCAACAGCCUUCCCGAUAUUAUUCGCGAUCGCUCUGUACUGCAGAAGUAGCGUACACAGUACAUUUGCGCCAUUCUCUGUUAACUGCUAAAGCUCCUUUCCCGCUUCUCCCUCUCCUGUCCCCUUUCUCAGUUUAUGCCUGUACCCUUGACUAUGACCCGCCGCAAAACUUUAAGCAAAUACCUUCCGUAUACACCGCGCUGUAUAAGCUAUUGCAAAUCAAAUCACGCAAACUCUCGUUAAGAUUCUUUAUUUUAUGUAAACUUCGUUCGAUAGCUUUCCCGCCUUAUAGCACCCGAUCACACCACAG